AUGGAUUUUCAUUUGAAGAAACGAGCACGAAAUGAUGUCAAAGUCGAGGUGGUCAGCUUGGAGAGCAAGUACCCUCACAAUGUCAUGAUGUACUACUAUCCACCGACAGACGACAUUCACAUUGAGGAAUUCGAGGAGCUUGCCCUCGAACGACUGCGUCUGUUGCGCGUCCUGGACCGCGCAGGAACGAAAGGACUACGAUUGCUUUCUGAGGAUUGGAAGGAAUAUGUGAGUUCAGAGCUAACACGCGAAGGUCUGCGCAGCUAUCUGAGAUUGUGUUCCCCCGGCGGAGGCAGUGCCCAGGGCAGCAAGCACGAGUCGGAAAUUCAGACGCGUCGGCGCGACUACUUGUCGCACUUUAUACUCCGAUUGGCUUACUGUCGAUCCGAGGACUUGUCACGCUGGUUUGUUGCCCGCGAGAUGGAACUUUUUAGAUACAAGUUUGCAGCGCUGAGUAGUGCCGAGGUGAAGCAGUUCCUCGAGGCGAAUGAUUUCAGUUUCCAACCUCUGACCGAGUCAGAAAAGGAUGAGGUCAAGGACGGUCUUUACGAGAGCACAGCGGGCCAAAGUGUUUCGAAGAUAGAGCUUCUCGACUUCUACAAGGUGCCAUUCACUCAGGUGUUGGACUUAGUGCGCGGUCGCAGGUGCUAUCUGAAGGAUGGCUUUGCCUAUGUGAACACCCACGAUCUGGUCUCAGUUGUCGGCACAAAGCAACAGGAUAUAAUGGAACUGGGCCUGCUGGCCUCCAAGGGCCUGAUCGAGGAGGUCGAGGGAGACGAGCGCAUCUCGCGAAUGCUCAAGGCUUUGCACAACUCGUACACCGGCAAGGAUUACACAGUGUGCCGCGAUGCAGCUGUUGCGAUCGAGUCCCUCAACCAGCUGUCCAAAACGUCAAUGCCGCUGUGCAUGCGCAUGUGCCACGAGCACAUUCGUGCCCAGCAUCACGUUAAGCACGGUGGCCGGAUGCAGUACGGUCUCUUCCUUAAGGGUAUUGGUGUAACGCUUGAAGAUUCCAUACGCUUCUGGCGCGAGGAGUUCACCAAGAAGAUGGAUGCAGAUAAGUUCACGCGCAGCUACGAGUACAACAUCCACCACAAUUACGGCAAAAAGGGAUCCAUGGUUAACUACAGUCCGUACUCGUGCGCCAAAAUCAUUAAGGAAAUGGCGGCACCGGGUGACUGCCACGGCUGUCCCUACAAGUCUGAGGAUCAGGCCUCGCUUAAAACAAAACUGGCCUCCUACGGCCUGUCGACCAGCCACAUCGAAGAGGUGAUGUUCUUUGUGUCCCGCGGUCACUAUCAAAUCGCCUGUGGCAAGUACUUCAUGCUCACCCACAACUCGAACGUGGAGCCGACCAUCAAUCAUCCGAACACCUACUUCGAAGAGAGCCAGAUACUGAUGGGAAACCGGCAGAAGCGCACCACAGGAGCCAUGCCACAGAAGGCUAAGCUCAGACCAGACAUCAAGGGCCAUGCAGACAGGUCUAUGCUCAACGGCGACGACGAUGAUGAGCUGUGGAAAAUCGCGGAGACACAGGAACGGGCUUAUCAGAGCCAAAAGGACAUCUCGGAGGCGUUUAAUGAUGAUCUAGAUCUUACGGAAAUUAUAUAUUAAUCGCUUAAAAUAAUAAAAUUACGUAUUUAUAGGCUA